AUGGUGAAGCAGAUCCCGCCCCCACCCAUGAUUAAAGUCGAAUCGCAAGAGCUGGGGCAGCUGCUUUGGCACGCAGUGAUAGAGGGCGGAGAUGGGAGAGAAGCAGUGCUGGCCCCUCGCCCCCCCGCAGCAGCGGCGGCGGCGGCGAGCAACCCGGCGCGGCAUGUCAAUUGUAGCAGAAACAAGCGAUCACAAAGCAAGAUACAAAGGCAAGAAAAAGUUACAGAAAGCCCUUCCUCGUCCCUUGCGGAACGGGUUGGCAGAACUAAGGCAGAGCGGGGCCAGGCAGAGCGGGGCCAGGCAGAGCGGGGCCGGCCAGCACCGAGCCUGAGGCGGCCCCGGGGCGGAGCGGACUUCGGCCGAGAGACAGAAGGCUCCUUGUUGCCGAGCAACAGCGCAAGGGUGGAGACGGGCAUUCCCCGGGGCUCGGCCGCGCUGGAGUCGGAGCAGGCGGGGUGCGGCCGCAUCAGGAGCGUCUCCUCGCCCGUCCCCACAGUGACGCAGCAAGGACGGGAGCGAGACGGCGCCGCCCCCCCUCAUCUCCCCGCAGCACCCAGCAAUGGCGGCGGAGACGCUGCACAGCCUGGUUGCCACGGUAACGACAACCCCGAGAGCAGCAGCGCCACCGAUGGCGAGAUGGCAACACUACAGCAAAAAUUUCAACAGCUUUUUUUUUUCAACUCCUUGCAAGAGACAAAAGACAAGAAGAAAUCAAAAAGCAAAUCAGUCCACAUAGUGACUGACGAGGAUGCGGCAGGACCUUCGCACCCAGCAGAAGAGACAGAGCCAGAGAUCAUCACUCGCUCUCUGUCCCUGGGUGAGCUGUGUGACCUGCUGAAGGAAUUCACCUGCCAGAUGAACAAGUCCCUCCUGACCUGGCUACUCCGCAUCUGA